UCGUACAUUUUCCGAGGAGACCCUGAAGACAUCAUACUGUAGCGUGGCGAGGGCGGACCGUGUGACGUAGAGCUGAGGCUCUGGCUGUUUAUUGUUCCUGCCCCAUCACCGACAGAGAAAAACAGGCUAACAAGCUGUCAGCUACCUUUUUCACACGGUUCACUGUUGGUUUAACGAAGGUGUAACGGUCGAGACAGCUGACUGCACAAACCAGGGGCCAUGGCGUACGCGUACCUCUUCAAAUACAUCAUCAUCGGAGACACGGGUGUGGGGAAGUCAUGUCUAUUACUACAGUUCACAGACAAGAGGUUUCAGCCAGUUCACGAUCUCACUAUCGGUGUGGAGUUCGGAGCAAGGAUGAUCACUAUAGAUGGCAAACAGAUCAAACUGCAGAUCUGGGAUACGGCUGGUCAGGAGUCGUUCCGGUCCAUCACCAGGUCUUACUACAGAGGAGCAGCAGGAGCUCUGCUAGUCUAUGACAUCACAAGAAGGGACACCUUUAAUCACUUGACGACCUGGUUAGAGGACGCUCGCCAACAUUCCAACUCCAAUAUGGUCAUCAUGCUCAUUGGCAACAAGAGUGACCUAGAGUCGAGGAGAGAGGUGAAGAAAGAGGAAGGUGAAGCAUUUGCCAGAGAACAUGGCCUCAUAUUCAUGGAGACUUCAGCCAAGACUGCCUCUAAUGUAGAGGAGGCUUUCAUCAACACAGCCAAGGAGAUCUAUGAGAAGAUCCAGGAGGGAGUGUUUGAUAUCAACAAUGAGGCUAAUGGUAUUAAGAUUGGACCCCAGCAUCCUACCACCAACUCCACACUGUCCGGUAGCCAGGGAGGCCAACAGGCUGGAGGGGGCUGCUGCUGAAGCCCCAAAACACACCACCUCCUCCUCCAACCCCAACCCUUCCUCCUCCUCCUCCUCCUCCUCCUCGCCCUCUCCGACUCUCCCUUGCGUUUCUACAGAACUGUCCAGGCUCACUAACAGUUUGUUAACCUUUCUCUCGCUACCGCUCCAUUCUUUUCAUCCAUCCAUCCAUCCCUCUGUGUCCUUUUCUCUCUCUGUCUAUCAGCCAUGGCUUUCCUCAGCCCCUUGAUCAUACCCGAGGGCCUAGGGGCUGUGUCCCCAUAAAUCAACCUGACUUCCUACAGUCUUACAAGGACAGUCAGUCUCACCUGCAGGGUUAGCCACCAAUUUUUUUUUUUUUUUUUUUUUGUUAGAUAAAUGGAUUUUUAUCUUUUUAUUAAAAUAAAAACAAAAGACAUGCUGGAAUGUGAAGAAUUCUGUUCCAGCAGUUUAAUUUACACACUCCUCCUAAUUCAUGAGGUUGUUGUUGGGAUAUGACUUUAUCUCAGAAUCAUAAAAUAAAGGUAUAUGUUCAGUAACAACAUGGUUAGAGAUUAAACACACUCUUAACAACUGACUGUAUGGAAUAAACCAUGAAACUUU